AUGCGUAGAAAACCACUCUCCACCCUCUUGGGUGUGCCGUCCACAGGCUUCGACCCGCACCACACAUUCACGACCUCGUGGCUGCUCUCGCCCCUCCUACUUGCGCUCCUGCGCCUUUUGAUUUUCACCUACUGUCUCGCGACAAUCCUGACAGACUGGAUCUACGAUGGCGUGCACUUGCGCGCCUUCCUCAUCGGCCAGUCCUUCAGCUACUUCACCAACCUGACCUUCUGGGGCAUUCUGUUCUACAUGCUCGUCGCGGGCGUGCAUACCCUGCUUUAUGCCGUCAGAGGGCGCUCGUGGCUCGACGGCUGGCCGAGGGUGUUGCAGGCACUCCACAGUUUCUACUAUACCACCAUUGUGACGCUACCUAUCCUCGUCACCAUCGUCUAUUGGGCGAUUCUCUUCGACGGCCCGUGGUUUCCAGUCAUCUUUGAUGGCUGGUCGAAUAUCUCCCGCCACGCGCUGAAUUCCUUCUUCUGCCUACUGGAAAUCAUCCUCCCCGCCACGGAUCCCCCACCUUUCCUGCACGUGGUCGGCCUGAUCAUCAUCUUGUUAUUAUACCUGGGCCUCGCGUACCUCACGCACGCGACCCAGGGUUUCUACGUGUAUGACUUUCUGGACCCGGAUACUGGCUCAGGAAAGGUGACUGGCUAUUGUUUUGGAAUUCUGGCCGCCAUAUCGAUCAUCUUCUUCGUAGUGUGGGGUCUGAUUUGGACGAGAAGGAAAUUUACGAGACAAGGAAAGAAGAGUCGAAGGGACUUUGAUCGCAAUUCAUCGGUCGAUGGCGAUGUGGAAUUGAGCGGGAGGGUGACGCGAGUGAAGUAG